UUGCCAAUUUCAAGAGCCGCGGCCACACUACUGCGAAUUCUAUACUGCAACUCGAUCGUGCGUGUUCUGUAUUUUUGGGAGUGCGUUGUGAGAAUUUCAGCCACGAAUAGGAUCCGCUGUCCUAGGACGAGAGUUAGAACCACGGGAAAUUGACUUCCAGACACAAUAGCGUUCUUGUGUGUCCAGCCGUGUGCGUGUGUCCGCGUUCUGCAGUGUGCGUGUGUGCGAAAGAGAAAGGGCGAGCGGUGCAGCCGCAUCUGGGAAAUUCGAUUGCCAAUAUUUCAGCGAGAAAGCAAUGUCGAGCGGUCAGCAAUUGAUGGCCGAUUCGCCAGCCUGCAGCUCAAGUGACCAUUCGCCGUUGGCCAAAAAACGGCGAUUGGAGUUGGUGGGCGAUGGAGUAAGGGGAAAGGGGAAGGAAGAGGAAGAAGCCGGCGGAGCAACGAGCAGCAGCAGCAGCAACAACUACGAAAAUCACGACAAAGCAGGCGGCGUUGACAUUUCGGGCAAUUGCCAGAGCGAGACGACUAGCGAGCGCCAGCUGGAAUUGUGCGUAUCGUCGUCCACCUCUGACACAUGCGGCGUAAAUGCUGCGACGAAGCGAGCCGAAAAGCAGAAACCGAAACAGAGCCAAGGAAGCGGCGACGACGUUAGUACCUCGUCAGCAGUGGAAAAGGAAGGAAGCAAGCGGCCGGAGAAGCGCAAUUACCUGGACACCACCACAAUAGAAUCGCAAGAAGCCUCCUCCAGUGGAUCCGCCACUAGCAACAGCAACAAUAACGUCAGCUCCAGCAACAACAACAGUAAUACCAGCACCAAUAACCGACAACUGGAAGGAAGCAGCAGCAUGGCUGGAAACAGUGCCGCCGCCGGCGGAGAUAUCGAUGAAUCGCUGUACUCGCGCCAAUUGUACGUCCUGGGUCACGAUGCGAUGCGGCGGAUGGCCAAUUCGGAUAUUCUUCUGUCGGGACUGGGAGGACUCGGCCUGGAGAUUGCCAAGAAUGUGAUUCUGGGCGGUGUGAAAUCGAUCACCUUGCAUGACACAGCAACUUGUGGGCUCCAUGACUUGUCGUCGCAAUUUUAUCUCACGGAAGCCGAUAUUGGAAAGAAUCGUGCGGAGGCCUCUUGCGCCCAGUUGGCCGAGUUAAACAGCUAUGUGCGCACCGUUUCGCACACGGGUCCGCUUACCGAGGAGUUCCUGCGCAAGUUUCGCGUUGUGGUGCUCACCAACUCCGAUGGGGAGGAGCAGCAGAGGAUCGGCAAGUUUGCCCAUGAAAAUGGCAUUGCUCUGAUCAUCGCCGAGACCCGGGGAUUGUUCGCCAAGGUGUUCUGUGACUUUGGUGAGAGCUUUACCAUUUACGACCAGGAUGGCACACAGCCGAUCUCCACCAUGAUAGCUAGUAUAACGCACGACGCACAGGGAGUAGUCACCUGCCUGGACGAGACGCGCCAUGGCUUUAAUGACGGCGACUACGUCACAUUCUCAGAGGUGCAGGGAAUGCAAGAACUGAACGGCUGCCAGCCUCUUAAGAUCACAGUGCUGGGACCCUACACCUUCAGCAUUGGGGACACCAGCAAGUUUGGAGAAUACAAGAGCGGCGGAGUUGCCACCCAGGUGAAGAUGCCUAAGACCAUCAGCUUUAAGUCCCUGGCACAGGCCUCUGAGGAGCCGGAGUUCUUGAUAUCCGAUUUCGCAAAGCUGGACUCGCCGGCCACUCUGCACGUGGCGUUCAAUGCCCUCUCCUGCUACCGCAAGGCCCAUAAUGGAGUCUUGCCGCGUCCCUGGAACGAGGAGGACGCCAAUAGCUUCCUGGAGGUGGUCCGGGCCAGCAGCAGCGCGGAAGUCGACGAAAAGCUGGUGCUGCAAUUCGCUAAAAUCUGCUCGGGCAACACGUGCCCGCUGGACGCGGCCGUUGGUGGAAUUGUGGCCCAGGAGGUGCUCAAGGCCUGCAGCGGAAAGUUCACACCUAUCUACCAGUGGUUGUACUUUGACGCCUUGGAGUGUCUGCCCACAGAGGGUGUUGAGGAGGCGGAUGCCCAGCCCGUUGGCUCGCGCUAUGAUUCUCAGAUUGCCAUUUUUGGCAAGAAAUUCCAGGAAAAGUUGGCUGACUCUAAAUGGUUUAUUGUCGGCGCCGGAGCCAUAGGUUGUGAGCUGUUGAAAAACUUUGGAAUGCUGGGCCUGGGAACUGGCAAGGGACAGAUUUUCGUCACAGACAUGGAUCUCAUUGAGAAGUCGAAUCUGAACCGGCAAUUCCUGUUCCGGCCGCACGACGUCCAGAAGCCAAAAUCAAUGACGGCCGCUGACGCUAUUAAACGGAUGAAUCCGGAAGUAAAUGUGACCGCAUACGAGUUGCGCGUUGGCGCAGAAACGGAGAAGGUAUUCUCCGAAGACUUCUUUGGAAAGCUGGAUGGUGUGGCCAAUGCGCUGGACAACGUGGAUGCUCGCAUAUAUAUGGAUCGCAAAUGCAUUUUCAACCGCAUUCCGCUGGUUGAGACCGGAACUCUGGGAACUUUGGGCAACGUUCAGGUGAUUGUGCCCUUUGCCACCGAAUCGUACAGCUCCUCCCAGGAUCCCCCAGAGAAGAGUAUUCCCAUCUGCACGCUGAAGAACUUCCCCAAUGCCAUCGAGCACACUUUGCAGUGGGCGCGUGACGCCUUCGAAGGCGUUUUCAAGCAAUCUGCAGAAAACGCUGCUCAGUACAUCGCUGAUCCUCAAUUCACCGAGCGAAUCGCCAAGCUGCCAGGUAUUCAGCCUCUGGAUAUCCUUGAUUCUAUCAAGAAAGCCCUGAUCGACGACAAGCCCAAGAGCUUUGCGCACUGCGUAGAAUGGGCCCGGUUAUAUUGGGAGGAUCAAUACGUUAACCAGAUUAAGCAGCUGCUCUUUAACUUCCCACCCGAUCAGAUCACCUCCAGUGGUCAGCCGUUUUGGUCUGGUCCCAAGCGGUGCCCCGAUCCCCUGGUUUUUGAUGUCAACGAUCCCAUGCACCUCGACUUUAUCUACGCGGGGGCCAAUCUCCGAGCGGAGGUCUAUGGUAUUGAACAGGUUCGCAAUCGCGAGACGAUCGCAGAGCUGGUGCAGAAGGUUAAGGUGCCUGAGUUUAAACCCCGUUCGGGCGUGAAAAUCGAGACCAAUGAGGCAGCAGCUGCCGCCUCGGCCAAUAACUUCGAUGAUGGAGAGUUGGACCAAGAUCGCGUCGACAAGAUCAUUUCGGAGCUGCUGAAGAACGCCGACAAAACCUCUAAAAUCACGCCACUAGAGUUUGAAAAGGAUGAUGACAGUAACUUGCACAUGGACUUUAUUGUGGCCUGCUCAAAUCUACGCGCUGCCAACUACAAAAUUCCGCCAGCGGAUCGCCACAAGUCCAAGUUGAUAGCUGGCAAAAUCAUACCUGCUAUUGCCACCACCACGUCGGUGCUCUCUGGCUUGGCUGUGCUCGAGGUGAUUAAGCUGAUCGUCGGUCACCGUGAUCUCGUAAAAUUUAAGAACGGCUUUGCCAACCUUGCACUGCCGUUCAUGGCCUUCUCUGAACCGGUCCCUGCCGCCAAGAAUACAUACUACGGCAAGGAAUGGACGCUGUGGGACCGCUUUGAGGUGACCGGCGAGCUCUCGCUGCAGGAAUUCCUCAACUAUUUCGAGGAGAAUGAGAAGCUUAAGAUCACCAUGCUCUCACAGGGCGUGUCCAUGCUGUACUCAUUCUUCAUGCCCAAGGCCAAGUGCUCCGAGAGACUGCCGUUGCCCAUGUCGGAGGUCGUGCGUCGCGUGUCCAAGCGUCGCCUGGAGCCGCACGAGCGGUCCCUGGUUUUCGAGAUCUGCUGCAACGAUGUUGACGGCGAGGAUGUGGAGGUGCCCUAUGUCCGUUACACCCUGCCCUAAGCCCCUAUAUUUUCCUAAUUUAAACAUUAAAUUAUUUUACGAUCCCGUUUUGUUGUCGGUGACGCGUUUUGGAAUCGCGCAGCUCCAACGCAGGAGUUACUGUCUAGCUGUUUGCAUUUUAAUUUUCACAACACCAUUACGAGGAACAGCCCAGAUCUAGAAAUUAUAUAUAAUGUGUGUGAAUCCUCUAAGGAAUGGCAAAAUAUUACGCAUCAUACGAAAUACAAAGACUCGACUAAAAGCAACAUUUUAACUGCAUCUGAUGAAACUCUCUGCUCAGCAUAGUUGUAAAGGUAACGAAUUACGGAUAACUGAAAGCGGAUUUUAAUCGCAUUGAUUAAUUGGAAACUGAAUGAGCCAGGCGGAAAAUUUCACUUCACUCAUAUAUUUUUUUUAUAUGAAAGCAUAAACUAAUUACGUCAUUGUAUUAAAAAGGAGUAAAGCAAAUGAAUAAAGCUGUAUCAUAUAUGGUAA